CCCCACCUCCCGCUCCCCGCCUGCGCGUCCGCCUUCUGCCCCGAACUUGCACGGUGAGGAGGCGCCGCGGGCGCGCUGCACGAUGGACACGUUCUGGCGGCCGGGACUGAGGCCGGGGCUGCUGGUGCUGCUGCUGGCGCUGGCUUGCCUGCGAGGAGCGCGUGGUACAAGGGUAACAUGUGAUGAAUCACAAUUUCAAUGUCACAAUGGCCGCUGCAUAACCCUGGUGUGGCGAUGUGAUGGGGAUGAAGACUGCUCUGAUGGCAGUGAUGAGCUAGCAUGUGUGAAGAAGACAUGUUCUGCAACAGAUUUUGUUUGCCACAAUGGGCAGUGUAUACCAAACAGGUGGCAGUGUGAUGGAGACCCUGACUGUGAAGAUGGCUCCGAUGAAGGCUCUGAGAUUUGCUAUAGAAGAAAAUGUACGAUAGGUGAAAUCAGCUGUGGUCCUCUAUCAACUCAAUGCAUUCCUGUAUCCUGGAAAUGUGAUGGAGAAACUGACUGUGGUGAUGGUACAGAUGAAGAAGGCUGUGCCAACAUAACAUGCAACCCUGAAGAAUUCACAUGUGCUAAUGGGCAGUGCAUCUCAAAAUACUUUGCCUGCAACGGGCAGGAGGACUGCAGUGAUGGGACCGAUGAGGAAGGCUGUGCCACUUCUACCUGUGGAGCAGGGGACUUCCAGUGCACAAGCGAAAGUGACAUCUGCAUCCCAAUUAACUGGGUGUGCGAUGGGGAAGCCGACUGCACUGACCGGUCAGACGAAUCUCCGGAACAGUGUGGCCAUCAGCCUAUCCAAACUGCGAAGUGCGGGGAGAGUGAAAUGCUUUGCGAUUCGGGGGAUGAAUGUUUUCACACGAAAUGGCGCUGCGAUGGUGAUACGGACUGUAAGGAUGGAAGUGAUGAAAUCAAUUGCCCUUCUCGGACCUGCAGACCCGACCAAUUCAGAUGUGAGGAUGGCAACUGUAUUCAUGGAACCAGACAGUGUAAUGGUGUAAGAGAUUGCGUGGAUGGGACUGAUGAAGUGAACUGCCAUGUUGUUAAUCAGUGCACUGGACCUGGAAAAUUCUUGUGUGCUAGUGGUGAGUGCAUAGAUUUCAACAAAGUGUGCAACCAGAAACAGGAUUGCAGGGACUGGAGUGAUGAGCCUCUCAACGAAUGCAAUGUAAACGAAUGUUUGGUGAACAAUGGAGGCUGCUCUCAUAUCUGCAGAGAUCUGGUUUUAAGUUACGAAUGUGAUUGUCCAGCAGGCUUUGAGUUGAUAGACAGAAAAACAUGUGGAGACAUUGAUGAAUGCCAGAAUCCAGGUAUCUGCAGUCAGAUUUGCGUCAAUACCAAACUGGGCUAUAAAUGUGAAUGUAGUCGGGGCUACCGAAUGGAUCCACAAACAGGAGUAUGCAAAGCAAUUGGAGGAGAACCAAGUCUGCUUUUUACAAAUCGUUGGAACAUCAGGCAGUUUGCUCUCGAAAGGCAGGACUACACCCAGCUCAUAGGAGACUUAAGAAAUGUGGUUGCUCUGGAUGCCGACAUGGCUGAGCAUAAAAUCUUUUGGGCUGACGUUGGACCAAAUGCAAUCUUCAGUGCCUCAAUUACUUCUAGUAACAAACCAGUGCGACAUCGCCGGAUUGUAGACAAUGUACCAAGUCCUGGAGGAAUCUCUGUAGAUUGGAUUUACAAGAACAUCUAUUGGACUGAUUCCUCCCUGAAGUCCAUUUUGGUGGCCAGCCUUGAUGGCAUUAAAAGGAAAGUCUUACUUAACACUGACUUAAGGGAGCCAGCGUGUAUAGCUGUGGAUCCACUUUCUGGCUUCAUGUAUUGGUCUGAUUGGGGUGAACCAGCCAAAAUUGAGAAAGCAGGGAUGAAUGGACUUGACAGGCAGCAACUUGUGACAACAGAUAUUGAAAGGCCCAAUGGGAUUGCACUAGAUCGUGUUAAAAAUCGUGUUUACUGGGUUGACUCCAAACUGCAUAAGCUUUCCAGCGUGGAUAUAAAUGGGCAAGACCGCAGGAUUAUAUUCACAUCCAAUGAAUUUCUUGCUCAUCCUCUUAGUUUGACAAUAUUUGAGGACACGGUUUACUGGACAGACUGGGAAAACGAAGCCGUGUACAGCGCCAACAAAUUUACAGGAUCUGAGCUGCAAACAGUAGUAAACAAUCUCUAUGAUGCUCGAGACAUCAUUGUGUAUCAUGAACUUGUUCAGCAGUCAGGGAAAAACUGGUGCGAAGAUGAGAACAAGACAAAUGGAGGCUGUGAAUACCUUUGCCUGCCUGCACCCCAGAUAAAUAGUCGUUCCCCAAAGUAUGCCUGCAUGUGUCCCGAUGGCGAUGCCCUGCAAGACAAUGGCUUGAAAUGCAAAGGUCAAAAUCAAAGCAGCCCAGUAUCAGAAGAGUUGGCUUCUUCCAGAAGUACGUCAGCAGCAUGGGCUAUUCUUCCUAUCUUACUAUUAGUAACAGCAGCAGCAGGAGCCUACUUCAUGUGGCGCAACUGGCAACAGAGGAAUAUGAAAAGCAUGAACUUUGACAACCCAGUGUAUCUGAAAACCACAGAGGAAGAUCUCUCUAUAGAUAUAGGAAGACACAGCAGUACAGUUGGGCACACGUAUCCAGCAAUAUCAGUUGUAAGCACAGAGGAUGAUUUAUCAUGAAUCUAGUCUACACUUGCAUUCUACACUUUUGCAUGGUAGCCAGGCAGUGGCUGAAGAGAUCCUUGAUGAAUGAAGGCACAGGUGGAACAAGUUCACAAAAAAAAACACUUUCAUACAAAGUUGUAAAGAUCUGUGUUCACUAUCAACUUUUGAUGGUUCUCACUGACCUGUAACCCUUGAAUAAACUAAGUAUUCCCACCACUGGCUAUGUAUAAAGCACUUUCCAAGAAGCCAUAUUAUAGUAAGUGCUUCAGAAGUACUAGCUGUAAAUAAUUGUACAGGCCCAAUUGUAAAUCAUCCGGGGAGGGGAUAGUUUAUUAUGCACUUUGGAAUAACAUUUCAAUGUAAAUUAUUGUAUAAUUUUUUUCAAUGUUUGGAAAAUGGCAAUAGGAGAAAACGGGUUACUCAAGAUUAAUUGCCAAAAAUUUGUAAACUAACUUUUGUAUGAAUUGUGAAUUUGUCCUCCCUGAACCACCUACAGGGGUGUGCAGAGGACAACUGCUCUGUAUCAGAAAUCACUGUAAAUUUCAACACUGAAAUGAAAGAGACAAAACUCUGUAU